UGUUUCGAUAAAGACGGAAAACUGGUUACCUGCUCAAGUCCGUUGUGAGGUCUGGCUCAAGUACAAAACCCACUUCGCCCCUUCACCUCACCUGCAUCUCAAUCUCACGCAGAUACAAACUUUUUUCAAACAAGCACACUUGCAGACUUUCAUUCUUUAUUGAAACCAUCCGAGCUCGUUAUCUAGAAAGCCCAAGAUGCAGCUCUUCAGUUUCAUCACCGCUAUCGCCCUCGCUCUUGCAGUGCCCAGUCAGGCUGCAGUCUGUAUCCAGCUCGGGGCUUGCGCCGAGGGGAACGAUAUUCGGCAAUGCACCUCUGGCUCUUGUCAUCAAAAGUUGGGGCAAACUUGCACCAUCACUGGUAGCAAUGUCAACUGCCCUACUUGAACAUGCUUGCAUGUUAUCGAUUCAUCUCUGUCAAGGAAUCCUUAUGGUUGCUGUUGUACCGUCUGAAUGGCUUUAGAUAGGGGGUACACAAUAGAUUUUAUUUUACUUUCUCAACGAUUUACACAUACCUAGUUUUGAUGCGGUGAAGCAGAGUCCAGCGCUGCCGUCAAAGCAAACAAAUCAAAUCCAAUGGUCCUAUUUG